UUCUUCUAAAUCUGUAACAAAUCCCCAGAAAAACCGGCGUAUAUACCUGAAUUCGAAACUAACCAAACGACAGCCCUCAUUGUCGUUAAACUUCGUCUCUGCCUCUGUCUCUAUCUCUCUCCUCUCAUCUGCUAACUUACUGACAGCCUUAAAACAGAGACCAGAUACAGCUUUAACAUUUAAAAAAAAAAGAGAACUUUCCUUUUUUGAAUGUUCAAAAAGCUUCUUCAGUGCUCUGUCCUCUUUUGGAAAAAUUUUGAUUUCAAUUAACACCUCUUUUUCUUUACAGGUGGAAAAAGUUUGAAGCUUUGAAUGACUGAAGUGGGUCUAUUCUAUCCCUCUCAAAGCUUUUGUUUUUGGAUGUCAAAUUGUAUUUGACAAUGUAACUGUCGGUGCUUUACUAGUUACUACUUACUCUUAACGUUUGCUAUGGUAUUAAUCAUCAAUUUCAAUGCUUUUAUUUGUAUAUUACUGAAACUGGGAAACUGGGUGUUUUCAAUUUGAUCUGGGUUUUUUUCUCUUUGUGCUCUGCAAGAUUUUUCUUUACUUGGGAGAUUUUGGCUUUUUUUUACAAGUUUCCGGUGGAUAUGCGAGCAGGGAUUCAAAAAAGUUACUUCUAAUUUGAGUCAAAGUAGAAGGGAGAUUCUUUUUCCUCUUUCUUCUUGGUUUGCUCGAAAAAGAUAUGACAAGGGGAAGGGCUGAUGUGAAUCCAAAGAAACGGUUAGUCACUUGGAUAGUAGUUUUGGUUAUCUGUUGUGGUUGCUUCUAUGCAUAUACUCGGAACAAUGGUUCAUCUGCACUUGAGUAUGGAAGUAAAUCUUUGAGGAAACUUGGUUCUUCUUACUGGCGUGGGGAUGAAGAAACUGCUGAUUCUUCUGAUAAACAUCUUGAAGAUGGAGAUGAUGGUGUUAUAGUAAAGAGUUUCCCUGUUUGUGACGAUCGACAUUCCGAGCUAAUUCCUUGCCUAGACAGGAAUCUUAUAUACCAAACAAGAUUGAAGUUGGAUUUAUCUGUGAUGGAACACUAUGAAAGACAUUGCCCACUGCCUGAAAGACGCUACAAUUGUUUGAUUCCUCCUCCACCUGGAUACAAGACCCCUAUCAAGUGGCCCAAAAGCAGGGAUGAGGUAUGGAAAGCAAAUAUACCACAUACCCACCUUGCAACAGAAAAAUCUGAUCAGAAUUGGAUGGUUGUCAAAGGUGACAAGAUUGUAUUUCCUGGAGGAGGAACUCACUUCCAUUAUGGGGCAGAUAAGUAUAUUGCUUCAAUGGCAAAUAUGCUAAAGUUUCCAGACAACAUUUUAAACAAUGAAGGAAACCUCCGAACAGUUUUUGAUGUGGGUUGUGGAGUUGCUAGUUUUGGAGGAUACUUGCUUUCUUCUGAUAUCAUUGCAAUGUCUUUAGCCCCAAAUGACGUUCAUCAAAACCAGAUCCAGUUUGCUCUGGAGAGAGGAAUUCCUGCAUAUCUCGGUGUUUUAGGGACAAAGAGACUUCCUUACCCUAGUAGAUCAUUUGAACUUGCACAUUGUUCUCGAUGCAGGAUUGAUUGGCUUCAAAGGAAUGGAAUUCUUCUUUUGGAGCUGGACCGAGUACUCAGGCCAGGAGGUUAUUUUGCCUAUUCAUCUCCUGAAGCAUAUGCCCAGGAUGAAGAAGAUCUGAGAAUUUGGAGAGCAAUGAGUGCCCUCGUGGAGCGAAUGUGUUGGAAGAUAGCUUCUAAAAGGAAUCAAACUGUUAUUUGGGUCAAACCCCUGACAAAUGACUGUUACAUGCAAAGAGAGCCUGGUUCUCAUCCUCCCAUGUGCAAAUCUGAUGAUGAUCCAGAUGCAGUGUGGGAUGUUCCAAUGGAAGCUUGUAUCACUCCUUACUCCAGUCAAAUCCAGAGAGCACAAGGGAGUGGGUUGGCUCCUUGGCCUGCUCGUUUGACUACUCCACCUCCUCGUCUUGCUGAUUUGGGCUACUCUGAUGAAAUGUUUGUAAAGGACACGGAACUUUGGCAGCGAAGAGUUGAAAAUUAUUGGAAUCUUUUGGGUCCACAUAUUGAGUCUGAUACAGUGAGAAAUGUAAUGGACAUGAAGGCAAACCUGGGUUCAUUUGCAGCUGCUGUAAAUGACAAAGAUGUUUGGGUUAUGAAUGUGGUGCCAGAAGAUGGGCCCAACACUCUUAAGAUAGUAUAUGACAGAGGCCUGAUAGGAACCGUCCAUAACUGGUGUGAAAGCUUCUCAACUUAUCCAAGAACUUAUGAUCUCCUUCAUGCUUGGACCGUCUUCUCUGAUAUUGAAAAGAAAGAGUGUAGCAUCGUGGAUUUAUUAAUAGAAAUGGACCGUAUAUUGAGGCCAAAAGGUUUCAUAAUUGUUCAUGAUAACCGAACAGUAGUGGAGUUGAUAAAGAAAUACUUAGGAGCAUUACACUGGGAAUCAGUGGCGACAGCAGACUCUCAGUCGGACUCAGAGCAAGAUGAGGAUGAUGCAGUGUUCAUAAUUCAAAAGAAAACGUGGCUUACAAGUGAAAGCCUCAAGGAAUCGGAAUAAAUAAGUAAGACGACUGCAAAGUUCCAAUCCAGGAAAUGGCGAUGCUGAUUUCUACAAUUGUAUGCUCUUUCAUUUAUCUUCUAUCUUCACUCUAUAACAUAAUAGGCACAUAUCCAGAAUGUUGACCCUAUGUUCAUUUCACCUUUUUU